AUGUUUUUCAUUCUCUUAUUAGUUAUCGUAUUCCAUAUUCUUAUAAACCUGAUUUUAUAUUUUGUUGGUUAUGAUAUUUCCUUCUUAAUUUACUCGUCUAGAUUUAUACCUGUUGGUGCAUCUAUUUGUAUUUGUUCUUUGGUAUACUUGGCUGAGAUUAUAAGAUUUAUUCCCCAAUCUAUGGGUUUAAUCAUACUUCCAUUCAUAAAUAUGAGAUUAGGAUAUUUUUGA